AUAUACUUUGGUCAAGUUGGUUGAUCAAAUUUUGAAAUCCAUUUCUCUAAUAUACUGUUCUGUAGUUAAUAACUGCAAUGGCCACAAUCAGAAAGAGAAAAUCUUCAAAAUCUCAGAAGAAAUCAUCAGUUAAAGAAGAUAUCAUUCCAGUGACAGAAAAAGCAGAAAUUGAACCUCAUUUCAGAAAAUAUGUUCUUCCCAAGGGUCACAUUCUGCUCAGUAAGAUACAGAAAAAGGACUCAGGUUGUGUGUUUAUCACUGGACUGCCUUUUGGCAUGACUGAACGCAACCUGCGCCUCUACAUGCAGCAAUUUGGUGAAGUCAUGCGCUGCAGAGUCCACACCUGCCCAAAAACUGGUCGCACCCGUGGGUAUGGCUAUGUUCAUUUCAGGCUGUCAGAAGUUGCCCGCAUUGCUGCGCAGACUAUGAACAACCACCUCAUCACAGGCAGUGUGCUCAAGUGUCGACUCAUCCCAGGGCGGUUCGUCAAAGAAUCAUUUUUUUCAAUGGGCGAUCGUGGAUACCACAGAAGAAUUAAGAAGAAUAUUGACAAACUAAACAAUACCAAACGGAGUGACCUGAGAGAGAAAAAACUACUCAAGAAGCGACAAGCACUGGCUCGAAAGCAGAUAGAAAAAUUGUCUCGCUCUGAAAUCAACUGCAAUGAUCUUGGAAUUAAGGAGCCGGCUGCUGAAAGCAACGAGAAGAAAACGGCGCUUGUGAAGAACACAACCCUCAAGCCUCGAGGUACGCAGCGCACACUAAAAGAAAGCGAGGUGCCAGCGCGUAGAAGCCUUGUGCUCAUAAAGAAAAAUAGUCCAGCCAAGUCUACCGUCAAAAUUGUGAAGAAAAAGACCAAAAAAUAAAUUCUAACCUUGAUUACAUUCUCCAUUUCCCUUGAGUAACAUUUAAUUUCAAA